AUGAGUGCUGCAGACAUUCAAACUGCUAUAAAGGCAUGUGAAGAGAGAAAAGUAGAACUGUUACAAACAGUUUGCCCUCAAAUUGUCAAUCCAAACACAGUAUUACCAACUUUCGAUAAAAACGGAAUUAAAAUAGUACGCCCUACUCUCUUACAUAUUGCAUGCUUCAGCGGAGCUUAUGAUUGUGCAAAGCAUUUAAUACAGUAUGAUGCAAAUAUUAGCGCAAGUGACGCAGAAAUUCUUUAUUUUAUAAUGAAAUUCUUUUAA